AUGAACUCAGGCUCACCGCACCCCACUCAACCUCUGCUGCCAACAGCCGGGUCGAGUAAGAAGGUCCGAAAACCCUAUACCAUAACCCCGUCCAGAGAAACUCUCCAACGGUUUGAUCGUGAUUGGAAGAAAAUUGAAGAUUUUGUUGGUUCAAAGACAGUAAUUCAGCUACGCAGUCAUGCACAAAAAUACUUUCUAAAGGUUCAGAAGAAUGGAGCAGUAGCACAUGUACCUCCUCCCCGCCCUAAGCGUAAAGCUUCUCAUCCAUACCCACAGAAGGCACCUAGAAAUGUUUUAGUGCCACUACAAGCAUCCAUGGCUUAUCCUUCUUCAGUGAAUUCUCUUGCACUUGGAUAUCCUACAUGUGAUGACACUUCCAUGCUUGUAAACAAUCCAUCAAGUGGAGCCAUGCCAUCCCAUAACGAAUGCAAUCUUCAUGGAAUUGAAGCUGAUAUUGGACCUAAGGAGGGUGAAAAUAUGAGUGAUGGCAGUAUGAAUGGCAUGGGAGAUUCAACUAGAACAUAUGCAGGUUCUAAUUUACCAAAGCAUGGCAAGCAAGGAUCUUUUGCUUCUGGCAUUCCCGAUUUUGCUGAAGUCUAUAGCUUCAUUGGGAGUGCCUUCGAUCCAAACAGUAAAGGUCAUGUGCAGAAGCUCAAGGAGAUGGAUCCCAUUAAUUUCGAAACUGUCUCAUUGUUGAUAAGAAACCUUGCCAUCAACUUGUCCAGCCCAGACUUUGAGCCAAUUAGAAAGGUUCUAUCAUCAUACGACGUCAACACCAAAACAGUAGGGGCCUGUAAUUGUAUUUUAUUUCUACACUUGGAUUAG